GAAACUGCUAGCUCGCGUACAGCUGGGUCGCGCAGUCGCAUGGCAGACAAACAGGCGUGCCAAAAGAAAACAACAACAGCAACGAUCGUCACCGCCGUACGCUGACCUUUUUGUAACUUCCACGCCCUACAAGCAUUGUCCGCAUUUGGGCCUUCACCUGCUACUCCGAAGAACGCACCGCUACGAUUGGCGCAGCAGCCGCUUUGAAAAAAAAGCCUUUGGCGUUUGCUCUCCCGGUUUUAUUUUGGUGUACUCUCAAAAAUCCUAUUCAUAGUGUUUAUUAUUACUUCCCCCCUCCCUCUUGAAGCUGCCCGUUUCAGCGAAGCGUUUUGUGUACCGUUUUCGUUUAUCAUUAUUACUAUUUUUGUGUUGCAACUCUCUAUUACAGUCUUCUUCCAUACAGCCAUUCUUUUCUCUUUUGGCGCUAUCGUGUAAAGUGCGGCGGUUGGACUGACGUCUCCGUCUCGAACUGUGUGGCGGUCUUCUGUCUGUGCUGUCCAAGCCAAGCCGCUGCCGCUGUUUUCCUUGAAGCCGCGGUAAACCACCGGUGCCGCCCACCUCAGGCUCUGUUCUUCCUUUCACGUCUUUCCCCCUUUUUUUUUUUGCGAAGGGUUCUGUUCUCUCAUUCAACGACACCCAUCAUGCAAAGCGCACCGACAGCGCCGAGGCCGCUCCUCGUGCCGAGCCCCACGACGUGCACCGCACCACCGUUCGUCAUGGUGAGCGAGAAGGAUCUCGCACCGUACACCAGCACCGUUGUGCCGCUUCCGCCGAGCAUUCCAGAGCUCAUUCAAUGCUGGGAGCGGCAACACGAGCGGUGCGCGCAGAUGACUCGCUUCAUCGAACGUGUGCGUGCGGAGACGGCAAAGAUGGCAGCAGCCCCUCUCAGCGCCGUCGUGGCGGAGGCCCUGUCAACGCCGAAGGCGGCCGCGCUGAGUGUGGCGGGUCCUGGCGCAGCGUCCACACCUCCGCCGCUGCCUCCUCCUCCAUCGAACAACGGUGCGACGAUCCAGUCCCCAUCUGGCGGUGUCGUGGCUCGUGGUGUCGUCGCGGAUGGCAAGCCAGCGACGUCGAGCGGCGCCGCGGUGGCGGGCACGGUGGUGCGAGGGACGGUCAUCACGGGAAAAGUGGUGAGCGCAACGGGGACUGCCGUUGUCGCAGGUGGAAGCGCAGACGGUAGCCAAUCCCCGCCUCCACGCGCCGUUGUUGCCUCUGCGGCUGUCGUCGCCACACCCGCGCAGCCACCGUCUGCUACCGCUACUGUUGCCACUGCUGCGGCGUCGGGUGCCACUCCGCAGAUCUCGCCCGACGAACUGCAGGUGCUGCGCGCAAAAGCCAUCACUGUCGAGGCGACCGAGCAGCUCCUUGAAAACACGCAAGAGGAGCUGAGGACGUCCGAGCGCAAUCUGACGCGUGAAAAGGAAAACUUGGUAAGGGCACAGAGUCGCCUGGCGGAGCUGCGCGCUGCGAUGACGGCGAAGGACGCGGACACGUCGGCGCCGUCGCCGAAUGACGCGCAUGCGCAGCAGUCUCUCUUUGCCCAGCAGCAGAUUGCGCUGGAGCUCAACGAGGCAGUCCUCAGCGAUACCAAAUUGAAGUACCAGAGUGUGCUGUACGCGUUGGCUCAACUAACCGAACAGUUGGCCACCAACGCACGCGAGAAGGCGUUCCUGGAGGAGAAGAACACGCACCUGGAGGGCCAGCUGCAGCGGUUGUUGAUGAGUUCAAUGGUGACCGGCUCGCCCACCGCGCCAGCACCGACGCAACGGAGCACUGCCGCCUCAACAGCGACGGCGGCGAACGCUACUGCAUCGACCAAGUCUGCGCCAGCGCCGCCUGCCGCGCCACGCCUGUCGGCCAGCGAGAGUUAUCAGAAGAGUGCCUUGGAAAAGCAGAUUACGGAGCUGCAGUCCAUGACGGACAAGCUGACGCGGGACCUGCGCAAGCAAACCGCACGGCGUGCCAAGGCAGAGGAGACGGUGCAGGCCCUGCAGAAGGAAGUGGCGGACCUGAAGGCGUCCGCGCUGCAGUUCCGGCGGCAGAUCAACGAGAGCGAGUUGGAGCUGGAGCGGACGGUGUCGCGCAAGGAGGACGACGAGCGGCUGCGGCAGCUGGAACGGGAUGGCAACUGCCUGCGCACCGCCCUGCGCGAGCGCACCGAGCACUUCCUGCGGGAGAAGACGGAAUGGGAGCGCGAGAGGGACGUGCUUGAGGCCCGCGCACGGGUACAGGAGCGGGCCACGUGUCAGCUCCUGCGGCGCAUGCUGGCCUAUCAAGUGCGGGAGGUGACGCUUCGACAGUGCGAGUACGCGGCAUCGGCCCGGCAAAAGGAGGCGAAGUCGUCCUCUGCGUCGCUACACGGGUCUCCGACAGCCCUGCCAGCAAAGCAAGCUGUCUCUCGUUUGAAAGGAGCCGCAGACACCAGCGAAACGCCCUCGGGCAUAGGGACGAGACGCGCCGAGUUUUUCUUCCGCCCCACCAACGCCUCCGCCUCUGCGACUCCGACGAACGACGGCCCAUCCGUCACCUCUCCCUCCUCCAGUCCAGUAGGGAGUGCGGCGGACACGGCAACCCUUGUCAACCGCGAGCGACAGCUGGAGGAGCUGAAACACACGUUCGACCGACGCGUUGCCCUCGUCGAGGCGCAGCGCAAAGCGGAGGUGCAGCAGCUUCACGCCCUGAACAAGGAACUCCGUGCGGCCCUCACCACCUCGCAGGAGGAGUUGACGCAGCAAAAGCGACUGUUCGACACGGCGCAGCAACAGCAGCAGCAGCGAUUGUCGCAGACCCCCGGCAAGUAUGCUAGCGCCUCCUCCGCGACCGCUGUCAUCACGCCCGUCGUCCCUGCGCGUUCGUCAUCGUCGAUAUCGGAGCGGCGUGAUACGGCGGCGGCGUGGGUGUGCCGCACCGACAUCGAGGGCAGCCCCCCGGGUGCGUCGAUGGACGACUGGAGCGACGGUGCGGGCGGUGUGUACUCCACAGCGCACACACCCCUCACGGUCUCCCCGCGGCGCGUGACGGAGGUGGAGCGUCGCUACGAUCCGGAGCACAUGUCCACCUGGGAGGCGGUGCAAGUGGAGAACGAGGCCCUGCUGGACCGCCUGACCACCAUGCAGGAGGAGAAAUGGAAGUUGACGUCGUACGUCGAGGACUUGCAGCGGCAGAGCAACACGCUGAAGGAGGAGCUGAGGCGCAACGCAUCAACGAUGAACCAGCUGCUGGCGGCGGGGGUUCUGACGCCGGCGGCGGUGUCGCGUGGCAGCGCGGAGGGCAGCCUGCGCGCUCUGCAGUGUCUCCUACAGGAGACGUUGCAAGAGAAGUUCACCUUAGAGGAGAAGCUGCGAGGACUCAACGCCAACUAA